GGCAGGGGCAGCCACCAUGGAGUUCCGCCAGGAGGAGUUUCGGAAGCUGGCGGGGCGCGCCCUCGGGAAGCUGCACCGCCUACUGGAGAAGCGGCAGGAAGGAGCCGAGACGCUGGAGCUCAGUGCGGACGGCCGCCCGGUGACGACGCAGACCCGCGACCCGCCGGUUGUGGACUGCACCUGCUUCGGCCUGCCCCGCCGCUACAUUAUCGCUAUCAUGAGCGGCCUGGGCUUCUGCAUCAGCUUUGGCAUCCGCUGCAACCUGGGCGUGGCCAUCGUCUCCAUGGUCAACAACAGCACGACCCACCGCGGGGGCCACGUGGUGGUGCAGAAAGCCCAGUUCAGCUGGGAUCCAGAGACUGUCGGCCUCAUACAUGGCUCCUUUUUCUGGGGCUACAUUGUCACUCAGAUUCCAGGAGGAUUUAUCUGCCAAAAAUUCGCAGCCAACAGGGUUUUCGGCUUCGCCAUCGUGGCCACGUCCACCCUGAACAUGCUGAUCCCCUCGGCGGCUCGCGUGCACUACGGCUGCGUCAUCUUCGUGAGGAUCCUGCAGGGCCUGGUGGAGGGGGUCACGUACCCCGCCUGCCACGGGAUCUGGAGCAAGUGGGCCCCACCUUUGGAGCGGAGCCGCCUGGCGACCACGGCCUUCUGCGGUUCCUACGCGGGGGCGGUGGUGGCGAUGCCGCUCGCCGGGGUCCUGGUGCAGUACUCGGGAUGGAGCUCUGUCUUCUACGUCUACGGCAGCUUCGGGAUCUUCUGGUACCUGUUCUGGCUGCUGGUGUCAUACGAGUCUCCAGCGCUGCACCCCAGCAUCUCGGAGGAGGAGCGCAAGUACAUUGAGGAGGCCAUCGGCGAGAGCGCCAAGCUCAUGAACCCGGUCACGAAGUUUAACACACCCUGGCGGCGCUUCUUCACGUCCAUGCCGGUCUACGCCAUCAUCGUGGCCAACUUCUGCCGAAGCUGGACGUUCUACCUGCUUCUCAUCUCGCAGCCCGCCUACUUCGAAGAGGUGUUCGGCUUUGAGAUCAGCAAGGUGGGCCUGGUGUCGGCGCUGCCGCACCUGGUCAUGACCAUCAUCGUGCCCAUCGGCGGCCAGAUCGCCGACUUCCUGCGGAGCCGCCGCAUCAUGUCCACCACCAACGUGCGCAAGCUGAUGAACUGCGGAGGCUUCGGCAUGGAGGCCACACUGCUGCUGGUGGUCGGCUACUCACACUCCAAGGGCGUUGCCAUCUCCUUCCUGGUCCUGGCCGUGGGUUUCAGCGGCUUCGCCAUCUCCGGGUUCAACGUGAACCACUUGGACAUCGCCCCGCGCUACGCCAGCAUCCUCAUGGGCAUCUCCAACGGCGUGGGCACGCUGUCCGGCAUGGUGUGCCCGAUCAUCGUGGGCGCCAUGACCAAGCACAAGACCCGGGAGGAGUGGCAGUACGUGUUCCUAAUCGCCUCCCUGGUACACUAUGGGGGCGUCAUCUUCUACGGGGUCUUUGCCUCCGGAGAGAAGCAGCCGUGGGCGGAGCCCGAGGAGAUGAGCGAGGAGAAGUGCGGCUUCGUGGGCCACGACCAGCUGGCUGGCAGUGACGACAGCGACAUGGAGGACGAGGCUGAGCCCCCCGGGGCACCCCCCGCCCCGCCCCCCUCCUACGGGGCCACACACAGCACCAUGCAGCCCCCGAGGCCCCCUCCCCCUGUCCGGGACUACUGACCACGUGCCUCUCCCUGAGCGGCCAUUUCUGGGAAGCUCCACUCCGUACACCUCUGGCCCCGGCCACAGUGUCCAGUGCCCACUCCUCUCUGUCGGGCCUCAGGCCUGGGGGGCAGUCUCCCUCGUUUUAGUGCUGUCCAGUUCUCUCCCCCCACCCCCAGCUGCCUCUCAGGGGUGACGAAGCUGCGGACUGGGUGCCCCUCUGCACCCCUUCUGCCUCGGCGGUUUCAGAUUUCCACUUCCACCGCUUUAUUUGAGGGUCCCACCUCUUGGUCUCUCUUGUGGUCUGGGGGAGGGGCACCUGCUCCCUUUCUCUUAGCCCCAGGGACUCUCAGACUAACCCCUGAGAUCACUCGGCUCCCCUCUCCUCUCAGACAAGCCCGAGCUCCUCUUCCUGAAGUUUCACAUCUCAGCUUGGGUCAACCCAUCACCCUUGCCCGCCAUUCCAAGGACUGAUUCUCACCAGCGUUUCCAAGGGGAAAUGGCGGUUUCAAGUCCCCCCCCCCCCCACAGCAGGUUCUGCUGAGGCACCAAGUGUCCCAAGACCUCCUCCCUAGCUCAGCACAACUCUCGGGAAACCACCAAAACGUUGCUGCCCCCUCGCCAUCCCAUGCACUUUCUCUGGUGGCGUCUCCAGCUCCAAGUGGCGGCUGCUCAAGUCCCUCCACUCGCUGGUUCGAAGCCACCGCCAUCGACCACCCCCCUCCCCCGUGCACGGUGGUUUCAAGACGCCCCCCUCCCCCCAGUUCCUUGCACUUUAUUCUUCUGAGUGGCUCAGCCCACCCUGUUUCUCAGUGGCCAUUUGUUGUGUCCCUCAGGGCGGCUAAAAGGGUUCAAACUCUGAUUCUUCUGCCUCGAGGACUCCCCGGUUUCAGCUCGGAAGUUGGGGAUCUUAAGCGGAGGCAUCCCAGGGAAGGG